UUUUUUUUUUUAAGUUGGAUUCCUCUCUGGAGAAAUCCUUCCUCUGUCUAAUAUUCUACUGCAAGAAUUGAUCUGCCAAAUGGAAUUAGCGGAUGACAAUAAGGAAAAUCACGAAAUAUCUCUGAACAAUAGCAAAAGGUCUGAAUCGUCGCACGCUGUUGAAUCCUUAUUAUCAUUGGACAAUACAUUAUUGUGUAACAUAGAACCUGACAAUGGAUUGCUCAUCCAUUCCGAAGAGUCCUACGGAUUUUCUCGGCAGUUUAGUGCCUCGGUGGUACCAGUUUUCAAAAAUCAGACGCAAAAUGUUGCAAUCGAUACAGCAGCUACAUCACCCAGAGUGUCUCCCAAUAUAAAUGAAUGGCAAGCUAAAACUUUAAUGAAUCAAGUAUUUGCUCAAUUCGAUUCUCAGAAUGAGAAAGAAGUUAUUCAUGAGAACUGUAAUAAUAUCAGCAGUUUAGAUUUAUUUAAUACAUUUUGCAAAGAGAACACAAAUUCUGAAUCAGAUAAUAUAAAUCAAAACUUUGAAGAAAUAUUUUUAGAUCAAUUGCAUAAAAAUACAUCGCAUGAAAAUUCAUUAACAAAUGCAUCAUGUUUGAAUAUAAUAAACUUUGAUGAUAAUAUUUUGGAAGAUGGUCCUUCUGAAAAGGUUGACAAUAGAAAAGAUUCACCAAUUUUAAAAGCCAAGCCUAGAACUCCAAAUAAAUGUAAGAUCUUAAAAAAAAGACUGCGUUUAAACGAUGCUGUGCCAAUAUCGAAAGAGACAAAAAAUAAAACAGAUUUCACAAAUUGUUCUUCGUUUUAUGAUUUACCGAAUACUGUAAAAAAAUUUAUGCAAGAAGUCAAAGGGAUUUGUGAAUUAUAUCAAUGGCAAGACGAAUGUUUAAAGUUGGCUAUAACAACUAAGAAGAAUUUAAUUUAUGCUCUGCCAACAAGUGGCGGCAAAACUUUGGUUGCAGAGAUAUUGAUGUUCAGAGAGAUUAUAUGUAACAAAAAAAAUGCCAUUUUUAUACUUCCAUUUGUGGCUUUGGUGCAGGAAAAGGUUCAAUCAAUGGCUAUAUUAGCAUUAAAGUUAGGCUUUUUAGUCGAAGAAUAUGCUGGUACAAAAGGACGGUAUCCGCCAAUUAAACGACGAAGGAAAAAUAGCAUUUACAUAUGUACCAUAGAGAAAGCGUUAGGACUUGUAAACAGUUUAAUAGAAACGAAACGUUUAGCCGAAAUCGGUAUUAUAGUUGUGGAUGAAUUACAUCUGCUUGGAGAAUCUGGAGGAAGAGGAGCCACGUUAGAAGGGCUUCUAACAAAGAUAAUGUUUUUCAAUGAUAUACGUUUGAUUGGGAUGAGCGCAACAAUCGGUAAUUUAAAGGAAAUCGCACAAUUUCUUAAUGCAGAUACGUACACUCAAAAUUUUCGACCAGUUAAAAUAAUGGAAUAUGUGAAAUGUGAAAAUUAUACCUGGGUAGUCAAUUUGAAUAGUGAGGAAUUAUUAGUAGAUAUGAGGAACAAUGAUUAUAAGUACGCAGAUGACAUAGCGAUAUUGGAUCCAGACAGAAUUGGAGGUUUGGUAAUGGAAGUAAUACCAAAUGAUUCAUGCCUUAUAUUCUGUUCAAGCCGUAAAAAUUGUGAAAAUGUGGCUUUAUUAUUAACCAAAGUCUUACUUAAAAGUUUAUAUGAUCACAAAAUAAAUGAGAAAAAGACUUUGUUAAAUGCACUUAAAACUGAAGAAGGAUUAUGUCCCAUUUUGCAAAAGACUAUCAAGUUUGGCAUAGCCUAUCAUCAUUCUGGUCUUACAUCGGAAGAACGGCGUUUGUUAGAAGACGCUUUUAGAGAAGGUACUCUAUGUGUGAUAUGUUGCACAUCAACUUUAGCGGCUGGUGUCAAUUUACCAGCGAGAAGGGUAAUACUACGUAGCCCUUAUGUCGGUAAUCAAUUUUUGAAUUUAAGCAGAUACAAACAAAUGAUUGGUCGGGCUGGUCGCGCUGGUAUGGGAACUUUAGGAGAAAGUAUACUAAUUUGUAAAAAAUCCGAGAUCAGUAAAAUAAAAGAUCUUUUGACUUCUCAAAUGGAUGAUUCGUUAAGUAGUUUAUACAUAGAAAAUGAUAGAGGACUCAAUAAUUUGAUUCUAAGUGCAAUACAGUUGAACAUGGCAACAACCAGAUCUGAAUUGCAUAAAUUGGCUACUGCAACUUUGCUCAGUAUUCAACAAGAUAGAAUAGGCGUUAAUCUGAAGGCAAUCACAGACGAAACAAUAACAGCGUUAAUAAAAUGUGGUGUGAUAAAAGUAAAAAGUAAAGGUAGUAAUACUGGUAAUCCUAAUAUAACGAUUGUCAUCCCAUCUCAAGAAUCACUAAGCCCGAAAAAGUUAUCAGUUAAAAAGGGAGUAAAAACGAUCACAUUUACAAGUGAAACUGAGUUUCAGCUUUGUGAUUUGGGACAAGCUGCAAUGAAAGGGCCAAUUGAUUUAAAAACUGCAUAUACAUUGUAUGAGGAUUUAAAAACGGCUCAAAAGCAUUUAAUUUUAAUCGAUAAUCUUCAUCUUCUAUAUCUCGUUACACCUUAUGAUUCUCAAAUCACUCCUAUUGGCAGUAUUUAUUAUGAUGUGAUAAUGGAACUGACUGAAAGUCAAAUGCAAGUUGCUCGACUUCUUGGAAUAACAGAAGCUGCGGCAAAUAAAUUACGUGAUGGUAUAAUGCCUAAGUCUGUGGAGAAAAGGGUAGUUAACAGAUUUUAUGUCACAUUAAUAGUACAUGAAUUAUGGAACUAUCAUUCAGUUUAUUUUGUUGCGGAGAAAUAUCAAGUUAAUAGAGGCAUUGUACAAAAUCUUUUAAACACGGUCUCAAUGUUUGCAUCUUCCGUAGUUAGAUUUUGCCAGGAAUUACCAGAAUUUUGGGCAUUUACUGAAAUGUUAAGUACAUUCAGUAAAAAAUUAUCUUAUUGUUGUCCAUCAGAACUAGAAAAGUUGAUGGAACUUCCAUCAGUUAAAAUAGGUAGAGCUCGUCAAUUGUAUAAAGCUGGUUAUAAAACUUUACAAUCCAUAGCAAAAGCCAAUCCCAAAGAAAUACAGGAAAAAAUACCAUAUCUAAAUAAUAAAAUAACCGCGCAAAUUAUAGCUGCAGCAAAACUUUUUAAUAUUACAAAGAGCAGAAGAUUUAAAAGAUGAGUGUGAAGAUAUUUUAGAUGGUAUAAAUAUAAGUCAAAUAGAAGUAGAUAUAUAAACUUUAAUAAUAAUAAUUUAAG